AUGGAGACACCGGCUCGGGAGCCCAUAGAGGCCUCCGAGUACCUCCUCCGCAAACUGGCGCUCCCCGAGUUCAGCACCCGCCGCGUGGACAGCGCCAGUUCCGCGGGUGCGCAGACCUACCAGGCAUUAAGCGACGGGCUCCUGAUCAGGGGCGGGAAGAUCGUCAACGACGACCAAUCCUUUCACGCGGAUGUGUUGGUGGAAGACGGUCUGAUCAAGCAGAUUGGGGAGAAGCUUGUGGCCCCAGGGGACAUCAGAACCAUUGAUGCCCAUGGCCUGCUGGUCCUGCCAGGCGGGAUUGACGUGCACACACGGCUGCAGAUGCCCGCACUGGGCAUGGUCCCGGCCGACGACUUCUUCCAGGGCACCAAGGCAGCCCUGGCGGGAGGGACCACCAUGAUAUUGGACCACGUGUUUCCGGACGCGGGCGUGAGUCUGCUGGCAGCCUAUGAGCAGUGGCGGGAGCGAGCGGAUGCCUUGGCCUGCUGUGACUACUCCUUGCAUGUGGACAUUGCCCGCUGGCACGAGAGUAUCAAGGAGGAGCUGGAAGCCCUGGUCAAGGACAAGGGUGUGAACUCCUUCCUGGUCUUCAUGUCGUACAAGGACAGAUGCCAGUGUGCUGAUGGCCAGAUGUAUGAGAUUUUCAGCAUCAUCCGAGACCUGGGGGCCCUGGCCCUAGUGCACGCGGAGAAUGGGGACAUCGUGGAUGAGGAGCAGAAGCGGAUGUUGGAGCUGAGCAUCACUGGGCCAGAGGGCCAUGUCCUCAGCCACCCCGAGGAGGUGGAGGCCGAGGCCACGUACCGUGCGGUCAUCAUCGCCAAGCAGGCCAACUGCCCGUUGUACGUCACCAAGGUGAUGAGCAAGGGCGCAGCCGACGUGGUCGCCCAGGCCAAGCGACGAGGCGCUGUUGUGUUUGGGGAGCCCAUCACAGCCAGCCUGGGCACUGACGGGUCCCAUUACUGGAGCAAAAACUGGGCCAAAGCCGCGGCUUUUGUCACCUCGCCCCCCAUCAGCCCGGACCCCAGCACCUCGGACCACCUCACCGCCCUGCUGUCCAGCGGGGACCUCCAGGUGACAGGCAGUGCCCACUGCACCUUCAGCACGGCCCAGAAGGCCGUUGGCAAGGACAACUUCACGCUGAUCCCCGAGGGCACCAAUGGGGUAGAGGAGCGCAUGGCUGUGGUCUGGGAGCGAGGCGUGGCCUCGGGGAAGAUGGACGAGAACCAGUUUGUGGCAGUGACCAGCACAAACGCUGCCAAGAUCUUCAACCUCUACCCACGGAAAGGCCGGGUGGCUGUGGGCUCAGACGCGGACCUGGUUCUGUGGAACCCCAGGAUGACCAGGGUCAUCUCAGCCAAGAGCCACCACCUGAACGUGGAGUACAACAUUUUUGAAGGUGUCGAAUGCCGGGGGGCGCCCACGGUGGUCAUCAGCCAGGGCCGGGUGGUGGUAGAGGAUGGCAACCUGUUGGUCACUCCUGGGGCUGGCCGCUUCGUGCCCCGCAAGACUUUCCCUGACUUUGUCUACAAGAGGGUAAAAGCUCGGAACAGGCUGGCAGAGAUCCAUGGGGUGCCCCGGGGCCUCUACGACGGGCCAGUUCACGAGGCAGUUGCGCCUGCCAAGGCGGCCAGCGGUGCCCCUGUGCGCACCUCUUGCCCUGGCAAGAUCUCCCUGCCACCCGUGCGCAACCUGCACCAGUCUGGCUUCAGCCUCUCAGGGUCCCAAGCUGAUGACCACGUGGCCAGACGCACGGCUCAGAAGAUCAUGGCGCCCCCCGGCGGCCGCUCCAACAUCACCUCCCUCUCCUAAGUGACCCCUCCCCAGGCCCUGUAGUUAUCCCUUUCCCAGAUGGAAUGGCGCUCCAUCUUGCCUCGCCUCCCCCAGAGCCCCGCUUUGGGGGCCCAGGUCCUGCCGCCGUGGGGCCCCCAGCCAGGGGCUGGACUGGACAGCAUUUCACUGCCGGAUUCAGCAAACACAGCUCAGGGCACCAAUGCCUGAACAGAAAGAGGGCGACUGCCCGACCAGGGUCAGGAGGACAGCUUGUGAAGCUGUUCCCUCCCCACCAAGUCACUGCCACCCAGGCCCAGGCCCCACCUGUCCCCAAAGGGUCCCCUGUACCAGGACAGGGCGUUGGCCCUAGCAGCUGCCGAAACUUCAGGGAUGGCUUCCGGAGAUCCGACCACCGGGCGUCCAGACUAUUAGCCGGGGCCUCCUCUCCUCCAGCUGUCUCUGUGGGUGUCUUAGAUGUAGCAUCAUAGCCUUUGUAUUGACCACAGCUGUCGUCGGCACCUGGGAGCUGCCCAGACACGCGGCCACCACCUCGUGUCCAUUAAAGACGUGGCUGGAA